UUCCCGGCAGACUGCUCCUUCGCCCAACCGGCUCCAACCCUGAGGAUUUGACAGCCGACCUGCUGCUUGCUAGACGUUGGAAAACCGUCCAUCCGCAAAACCUCUUCACUUUUUUCGGCACAUCGCGUCCUUCCUUCUUCUCCUUCACGCUCGGAUACCUGCACCCUUUCUUUCUUUUUUGGAACACCUCGUCCUGCAGGGCUUGGGGAACGUUUGCCCGCCUGAUGUCACUGUACGUUCCCUCCUUCUUCAUGCACAAUUGAUUGUCCCGACCAAUCGACUGAGACACAGAAAUUGACGUCUUUCGCAGCUUUCCAUCAGCCACUUAGACAACUUUUUCACCUUUUCGACUUACACCGCUCGGCGCGCCUACCGCACUAAUUUUGCCGACUCCUACCUAUCUACCUACCUACCUUGCCAUACUCUCUUUUGGACUUGCGAUAGCGAAACCUGCGACAAACGCUCUUUCUUUCACAUUCUCAAUCACGUCACCGACCUAUCUGGGGGUGACCUCUGCGACGUAAUUCUUCUCCGACAACUCGUAAUCUCAAUCUAAUCUUGCGACAACGCUCGCGAGCCAAUGGCGAUAUAAUGAGCGCGACUCCCACGAACCGGCUCAGACUGACGCCGGGAAACUCCCCUUACCUUCAACAACGAUCUAACCGAACCCCAAUCCGAGGGCGCCUACCCCACGAGUCCCGGCUUUCCCUCAAACGGGUCAUUGGCACCACCUGCGCUUCGCCAACAGGUUUCGAUACCGUAAACUCCUCAUUUGCCUACAUAGCAGGCGGCGCCGUCGUUGUUGUCGAUGUCGACGGUGAACACUAUGCCCAGCGCUUCUACCGAGCCCGCCCGACUGCGACACCCGUGUACGGCUCGACGACUUUGCUGAACAACUACUCAGCGCCUUCUACACCCAAGGCCAACGAUAGCAGGAAUCGCGCCGCGAUUGGGAUUCGGGAAUCGCAAAGUUGGAACGACUCUCCGGGAUCAACGUGGACCAGCCGCGAGCGCAUCAAAGCUGCGACGUGCCUUGCGCUGAGUAGAGAUGGGCGGUAUUUGGCAGUCGGAGAGACGGGUUACGCUCCUCGCGUGCUCAUUUUCAACCUCGAGGACGCAUCAUCUGACGUUCCACUGGUCUCUAUCAGCGAGCAUGGAUUUGGUGUGAAUGCAGUGGCAUGGUCGGCAGAUACCAGGUGGCUUGCUUCUUUGGGCACGGCCAACGAUGGCUUCCUCUACAUUUGGAAAAUCGACCCUCGUACGGGUGCUGCCAAGUUGUACCAGCAAAACAAGUGUACCUCCACUAUUAAGGGCAUGGUCUGGAUGGGCAGCAGCCUUGUCACGCUCGGCGUGCGACACAUCAAGAUCUGGAAAGUCGAGGAGACUCAGACCUCUUCCCCUUUGAAGACGAGGUUCAAUGAGGGUGUUUCCACCCCCCAGAGAGUCCUCAACGGUCGCAACGUCUUACUCGGAUCGCUCCUAGAUGGUACCUUUAACUGCGCGGCGGUCGUCGACGAAACGAGCAUAAUCAUCUGCUCAGAGGCUGGCGACGUCUGUGUGGUGGAGGAUGACGGCAAACAGACAAAGCUCGUCAAGUCACUCACGGUCGACUUUCCGGUCACCUCCAUCACCAUCAGACAUGCCACUGCAUAUCUCUCAGGGAAGGAGGGCCAGUUCGCGACUCUCAGCGUCAAGGCCGUCCUCGAUAGUCUCCCAGACGGUGUUCUGUCGAAAAGCGUCGCACCUGCUGGUCUGGUAGCUAUGGGUUUUUUGACAGAAAACCUGGUAACCAUCGAUGAGAAGCACACCGUAGAUAUUUGGAGCUCGAGCUAUCAGCCGGGCCAAACGGUGGACGACCCGUCACACGUUUCCAUACCGGGACACGGAGACCAGAUUUUGGGCAUUCAAUCAAUGUCAAAGCCCAACGACCAAGGUGCAGAUUUCUUCACGUGGUCCGGCUCUGGCAAGGUCAUUUUCUGGGAUAUGAAGGGCAAGAUCAAGUGCUCCCUAGAUGUGCCCAUUGAACAGGUCAUCCCUGAGAGCGAUAUGGACCCCGUCAAUCAGCUCAAUGUGGUCCGAGCGACCAGGGCUGGGAAGAUGCUUGUAGCAGCCGACAAGUUUGGCGUUCUCAGAAUAAUUGACCUGUCCACGAAGGAAUGCCUGCUUGAGACGAAAGCUCAUUCGUCCGACUGUCAAGGCGUCAGCAUCUACGAAGACGACAAAAAGUUCCUUCUGGCUACAUGGGGCAGAGACCGAACUGCGCAACUAUUUCACCGCACGUCGGGUGGAGAGUUCCGGCACUUCCAGACGCUGGAAUUCGCUGCUAGGGUUGUUCAAGUGCUAAUCCAAUCAGAGGACAAGAUAAUGACUUGUUCCAUGGAUAGGACACUGCAAACCUAUGACAUAGUCUGCAAAGAGGAUGAGGAAGACGAGCUUGCGGCUCUCCCUUCAAGGGCAAACACCCUGAAAGCAGCGCCAACGUCGUUCGCCCUGGGUCAGGAUGAGAGGACUGUAUUCGUCUCUAUGCUAGAUCGGUCAAUUUGCCAAUACGAUCUUUCCAAUGGUCGACUCCUCAACUGCUUCAAGUGUGUUGAUGAAAGCGGAGCCGAGACUGCUAUCCUGGAGUCUCUGGUUUUCACUCAGCCUGCCGGGAGAGAGUCGGGCUUCUUGCUGGGCAUAUCGAACACGGACAAAUCCGUCCGUCUUUACGAUGCUCAUUCGGGUCACUUUGUAGACAGAGAAUGGGGCCACACAGAGGCUAUCAACGGUGUCACGUUGAUCGAUGAUGAAGAUGGUUGCCAGAGGGUCAUCAGCGUAGGAUCUGACGGGACCGUAAUGCUUUGGUCCAUGGAAACGGACAACACAACUCUUUCAUCUACAAGCAGAGAUCCAUCUCCAAUGAAAGACGGGUCCGCUUCCACCAGACCACCACUUCGACGAGUUCUCUCCAAAGCAGAGCUGGCUGAGUUUCAGCGUCCUUCCUCCGCUCAGGGUGGCCGACGAUCUCCACCUAGGACCAUUCGGAGCCGAACAUCUCGAUACGGCCUGAGCAACAACAGCGUGAGCACGCCCAAAACAGGCAUGCAAAGCAGCCCGCUAGCUGAGGACACACCAUCACGACGCUCGUCCGGGUCUGGCAGUCCGCCCAUCAGUCCGAAGUCGAGGGCAUCUAGGCGACCCUCGCUUCCGUCUUUGGGCCUGCCGCCGAAGAAGAGCUCGCCUAAUUUGCGCGGAUUUGGCAGCUUGAAUAUGGCUACAGAGCAGGCUUGUCGUACGUUAAGGGCUUAUAGAAAGAAGCUUUCCUCUACGGAGCCACUAAGCGAAGACGUCAUCUUUGAAAUCGACCAAGAGCUGCGCCUGACAGCGGCCGCCCUCGGCGACAGGGCUACGAGAACCAAGGCCAUGCACGACUCAGCCCUCUUGAGUGGUCUCCUAGACCAGUACGAGGAGCGCCUGGCCUCUAUGCUUGAUGAAAAGCUACGGAAUACCUUUCAAGGGAGAGAAGUACAGACUCCCAGCGAGGAGCGCGAAGAAGAGCUCCUGGCCGUGCGGCCUGACACUGCCGGCGGCGAAACUACCUCUACAUCAUUCCCUUAACAUGCUCUCAUUGUAUUAUUACAUUAAUCCUUCCGACCUAACCCGCAUUGUACAACACCUGCUGGAUAUAACGGCGUUAACUGGAAAAGAACCCUGGCGUUUGGGGUGAGAUUGAUUAUCGACCUACUUUACAGCACAAAGUCUAGAUGUGCUCAGCCUUGGACUUUGGGGAUAUCGCAGGCGGAAAGGGGCAUCGUAACCCCGACUUUUGAUUUGUCGGCAAAUCUUGUCUUUUUGUUUACUCGUCACUCUUUCGACACAGCAGCAGCGACUUUUUUUUUCUUUACUAUUCCUUUGAUUUGCAAAAGAGGGACACAUUCGUCACAUACAUUUAAGGAUCACGGAGUCCUGAGGGGGCAGGGGCG